UGUGUGUGUGUGCGUCGAAAGAGAGAUAUUACAUUACGUUGACAGUAACCCGGGGUUUCAAUACAAUUAAAUACAACAUGCUGCCCACCCGAGUUCCAGCGAGGAAAGUUGCAUUUUCCGUACGACUUUGACGUGUGCUGUGCAAGUGUGCAUCCGAAUCGAUUCGACAUAGCAGGAAACAAACGGGAGCAGCAGUGCUCGUGUGCAAGAAGCCUAGCCCCGUACCCAACAGUUAGUUGUUGUGGCGCGAAAACAAGACCAUCUUUCGACGCGACAUUUCAAGUGGGUCAGUCGAAGUGAUAGCCGUCGUUGGAGCAGAGGUGUAUGUUGGAGAAGCCCAGCCCAUUCCAUUGAUUUGUGCAGCUUCGGUCAAAUCCCGUAAACCUACUCACAGUCCGUUUAAGGUUCGGUAGGAAUCGAUACGUUUAAAGUUGGUGCAGAAGUUGUCAGGGCUGGGCCGGAGAUCGUUUGAAGUACGUACCGGCGUCUCCGAUAAUCUCUCGGCCAGAGAAGACAGUGAAAGUGAAUGUUCUUAGUACCGAAUAGUUUCCUGACGUGGUUGAAAUCUACAACGACUAUCAUCAUGUCCAACACGACUGGAUUCUUAGACGAAAUUGAGGAAAACUUGCAUUAUGUGGGUGGUACGGCCGGAGCUCUCACGCUGACAGCAGCACUCGCCGCCUCAGCGUACUACUACUCGACCAGACCCGUACCGGAGAAACCAUUAGUGCCUCUAGAUAACCAAUGUCCAAUAGAAGCGGGCCCAGAACAGAUACACGUUUCCAAGUUCUACAAGGAGGCGAAGGAUGGCAAAUUUGUCAGCUGUCUCGAGGAGGACAUCCGAACACUGUAUCAAUCAUUUCGCAAGGGUGCCUACGUGUCAAACAAUGGACCUUGUCUGGGAUGGCGAGAAAACCUACAGUCACCAUAUCAGUGGAUGAACUUCAAUGAAACGCUACUGCGCGCAAAGAACUUCGGUUCCGGACUGAUCUCGCUAGGAUUACGACCAGGGCCGAAUACCUUCAUCGGUAUCUACUCACAGAACCGUCCGGAGUGGAUCCUGUUUGAGCAGGGAUGCUACUGCUACUCGCUCGUUGUGGUACCACUGUACGACACGCUCGGGCCCGAUGCGUGCGCUUUUAUCGUCGAUCAGACAGAGAUGCAGGUCGUCGUCGUGGAGGACGAUAAGAAGGUGAACUUGUUGCUGGACAAAGCUCCGAGAUCACUACGGAAAGUCGUCGCCAUCAAGGAAGUUCGACCGGCAACGCUCCAGCGGGCGAAGAAUGUCGGCAUCGAUGUACACACGUUCGACGAGGUGGAGAAAUUGGGAGCAAUUAACGAUCAUCCAGAGCUAGAGCCCAAACCGGAAGACCUCUGUACGGUUUGCUACACCUCAGGCACGACCGGCAAUCCCAAGGGUGUGAUGCUGACGCACGCAAACGUGCUAUCCGGCGUGGCGGGGGUACUGUUACAGCUCGGCACCCAUCGGCCGCGGGUCGGUGACAUAAUGGUGUCGUUCCUACCGUUAGCCCACAUGCUGGAGCGCUGCUGUGAGAACGGCGUCUACUACAUGGGUGGUGCCGUUGGGUUCUUCUCCGGCGACAUCAAGGAACUAACGAAUGACCUGAAAGCGCUAAAACCGACACUGAUGCCAGCCGUCCCGCGUUUGCUGAACCGCGUGUACGACAAGGUGUUCGCCGAGGUCCAACGGUCCUCCGUCAAGAAGCUGCUACUGAACAUGGCGCUCAGCUCGAAGGAGGCCGAAAUCAAGCGGGGUAUCGUGCGACGGAACAGCAUCUGGGAUAAGCUGGUGUUCCGGAAAAUACAGGAAGGUUUCGGUGGCCGACUGCGCCUCAUGGUGGUCGGGUCGGCACCACUGUCCGAGGCGGUACUGUCUUUCUCCCGUGCCGCACUCGGCUGCCUGAUCUGCGAGGGUUACGGCCAGACGGAAUGUACCGCACCGAUUACGCUCACCGUGCAGGGUGACUUUGUGCCGGGGCACGUAGGACCACCGGUUGCCUGCAACGGCAUUAAGCUGGUGGACGUACCAGAGAUGGAGUACUACGCGUCACAACAGCAAGGAGAAAUUUGCGUGAAGGGAGCAAAUGUUUUCAUCGGGUACCUUAAAGAUCCACAGCGUACGGCGGAAACGAUUGAUAAGGAUGGUUGGCAUCAUACGGGCGACAUUGGACAGUGGUUGCCGAAUGGUACGCUGAAGGUGAUCGAUCGCAAGAAGCACAUCUUCAAGCUUAGCCAGGGAGAGUACAUUGUGCCAGAAAAGAUUGAAAAUGCCUACAUUCGCAGCCAGUACGUCGAGCAGGUGUUUGUGCACGGUGAAAGCUUAAAGAGCUGUAUAGUAGCGAUUGUGGUCCCGGACGUAGAAGUCAUCAAGAGCUGGGCUCAGGAGAACAACAUUCCCGGCACGCUGAGCGUACUGUGUAACAAUCCGGACGUCAAGCAGCUCAUCCUGAACGACAUGAUCCUGUGGGGCAAAGAGUUUGGACUGAAAUCUUUCGAACAGGUCAAAGAUAUAUACCUACAUCCGGAUCCGUUCUCGGUUCAGAAUGGUCUACUAACGCCGACCUACAAAUCCCGGCGACCACAGAUCAGAAGCUAUUUCGCACCCCAGCUGGAUGACAUGUACAAACAUCUUGACUGAACCGGGCCGGCGGAUUGUUAACUGCGCGCCGCGAAGCAUAGUGCGGGAAGCCGGGCUAGAGUGUUUCGGUUUCCUUCCAGAUGCGUUAGGGUGUGGGAAAUCGAAAAAAAAACACGAGGUGCGCAUCGCACCGUUUCCUCUCGUUCCUUUUACUCCCGGCAGCGCCCUCUAGCGGUGGGUGCUAGUAUUGCAUGUUUUUUACUCACACUCGUUCGGUAAUGGUAGGAAAAAAUGGAGUAAAGUGUAAUAAAGGUGGAAAGGGAAAAUGCGUACGAAAACUUUAGUGGAACGAUUAACUAAAUAGUAAUUGAUAAACAAGCUAAACGAAAAAAAAAUACAAAUACGAAACCCAAGCCCGGUACUAAUGUAAUUCAUUUCUGUUUGUAUUUGCUGCUAUUCGGUGAAAUUGUGUCACAAAUUGUAUAAAACAAAUCGGGUCGCUUCAGAGUGUACUGCGGUGGAGGGGUGGAUAGGGAAGAAGUCGGUGGCUUGAUUGGUGCUGGCUGUAAUAUAGGCAACAAUCUUUUUCUGCACCUAAACGCAACACGCUCUCUAGCGCGCGCGAUGCACACUGUUGUUUGCUAGUUUGCUGAAGCAGCUUCUCCAAUAUAAGAUGCACGGGAAUCGUCAUCACAACCAUUCAUCCAUUACUAAAACCAACCACACCUAAGUGAUCGCUAAACGCUUACAUAGAACGGAAACAGAACAGAAAAAAACAACCCCUAGUGAAGGACAGGUAGCAGAUGAGGAGGAUGUAUGCUGGAGGCUGGCAUGAUAUAGCAGCCAAGAUAUUUAUUGUUACUGACGAUAAUCUGAUGCAAUUCCGUCAAUUUUUCUGUGCGCAAGAAGAUGAUAAUGAUGUGAGGAUGUCACAUGCAGGUGAUGUACUUCUUUAGUUAGUAGAGCUAGUUAACGCGAUUGCAUCGGUUUGUUUCUUGUCUCUUCUUUAAUAGAAUCGAACAGUUAAAUUCCAUUAUCAACAUUAUUGAUAACUUAUCGACCACCACCACACACACACACAACUUAUUUUACGAUAAGCAGGCGAGGAGGAAAUCGAAACAAAUAAAACCAAUGAUGCUAUGUGGAGACAAGCAAUCCCAUCCCAGUUUGAUGAAACUCUAGUCACGGUUUAGCUUCAUGUUAUCGUUUGAGUUAGGUCUUGUGUUUGCUCUACUGUUCGUAGGUAUUUCCUUAAUUUUGUUAUAAAGCGAUAAACAAUACACAGUGAGUGUGUAUUCAUUAGCGAGGAUAAUUAAGGGGUGAUAUUGUUUUCGGUUCUAUAUUUAAUUUAUUAUUCCAAGCAUUCAAAAGCGGCUUGGUUAAGCGACAAUAUAUCUACGUAUACAGAUCGGAGUGCUGUAAGAAUGGUUUCCUUAGAUUUUCUUUGAGGGGCUUCUCUACCUGUUUGCACUUUUCUUUCGAGUCAUAACACGGGAACGAUCCGCAUCUAGCGCUGGUUGGGAAGAGUGUGAGUGUGUGUGGGACUAAAGUAAGUAGUGAGUCAGGGAUAGAGCAAUUAGAGGGGAAAGAGGCGAAAGUGGCAGUUUCAAAUGCUAGCAGAAAAAAAAACUCGGAAAGAAUUUUACCAUUUAAACACAUUAGCAAACAGCUAGGUAUGCGAAUGAAUGGAAAGCCUUUAGGCUUGGUAGAAGACGUUGGAAUAGGAACGGGGUUCGUAAACUAUAAACAAAUUAAACAAUGUUAAACGUUUCCCUUUAAACAGUAACUGUUUGGAACUGGAACAAAGUGAGAGAGUGAGAGAGGAAAGAGAGAAGAGAGAGAAGGCGUUAAAUGGAAAAUGCAAAGAAGGAAGAACAAAGAAACUACGAUAUUAAUAUCAUAUUGCAUUCGCGUUGGAUUCUUCGUAGAAGGUGUGAAACAUGAAUUUAGAAAGAACAUGUUAGAAAUUGGUACGCUAGUGUGAAGGAAUGGAGAUAUGCAGACUAGAAAAUGGAACACGAUUGACUAAACCAAAAAAAAAAACACAAACACACAAACAGUAGUUGAACUAAUCAAUCGUAAUAAAUCAAGCAAAGCAAAAUUAAGAAGUAUACAAAAUCA